AUGUUUUUGUUACCCCGUUUGAAAAAUUUCACCAGAUCGAAUUCACCAGCAAGAAAACUCUUUUCACCAACAUCCAACAGUUUUUCAUCCACACCCCACGAUGAUGGUUUCUUCAAACACGAAAUGGACGAACUAAAAACCUACUAUCCACUCAUGGUGCAAGACCUCACCGACGCCAUUUCCCAAUACAAACAAUUCCCAGGCCUCCUGGAACGAUUUCCAGUUCUAAUGGAUUACACCGUCACCCACGACGAUCCAUAUUUCCUCUCCUCCGCCGUACUACCAUUAUACUUCUACAAAGCAGUCGAAGAAUCCGAUAAACUAACCGAAGAAAACAUCAAACGAGCCUGCCUAAUGUCCUGGGCCUACAGAACACUGGAAACCAGCCAGAUUAUCGUCGACGACAUUCUGGACAAGUCCGAAGUGCGCUACAACAAACCGGCCUGGUACAAAAAGGACGGUGUCUCGAUGGAGCUCACCAUUUUAGACAGCCACUAUUUAGCCACCGGAGCCUACAUGGUGCUAACGAAACGCCUGGCCGGCCAUCCCUGUUGCCUCGACAUCCUCGAUUUAUACGCCGAAGAGAUGUUCGUGAUGAUCAUCGCCCAGUACAUGGACAUCAAGAAGCUCGACUUGAAGGACUUCCAGAAGCUGGUGCGCCAUCGCUUCGACAAGGCCCUCUACGUGUUCAACGGCAGCGCCAGAAGCGGGCUGUAUUUGGCCAAUGUAAAAGACCAGGAAACCCACGAUUGCAUGAAGAAGUUUUCGGUGCCGAUGAGCCGGUUCUUUCAAGUGCAGAACGAUUUCAGCGGGGUGUUCGAGGAGGAAAGCAAGUUCCAGAAUAGCUGUCCUGAUAUAGUGAACGGGAGGAACUCCUGGCUGGUGACCACGGCUUUGAAGAUGGCCAAUCCGGCGCAGAGGAAGGUGAUAGAGGAGAAUUACGGUAACGGGGACGCGGAAUCGGCGAGGAAAGUGAUGCAGGUGUACGAGGAUUUGAAGUUGAAGGAUGUGCACGAUAGGAGAACCGAGGAGUUUCUCGGGGAAAUGCACGAGAUCGUGGAGAACUUCCCCGAGAGGAUACCGAAGCAACCGUUCCACGAUAUCGUCCGGCAAUUAGCUCUGAACAAGCUGUACUCUUGA